CUUUACUCAAGAAUCUUUCUUUUCAUAAUACUUCUUGGAUUUGUUACUAUGAGUACUUUUGUAGUGGCACAAGAGGCAGCGGCGAGUAAUUCUACGGCUGAGGGAGGUGAGGAGAGGAUAAAACCAGCACCACAAACAGAGACAAACAAUACUGAAACUCCUGCUCAACCGAAAGUACAACAGAAAACUGAAGAAAAACCACCUUCAGAGCCAGCCAAAACUGAAAAGGAACCUGAACCAAAAGCACCUUGGGUCAAGCAGAGUCUAAACGGGGCUGUUGAUCCAAGAAGUUGUCCAGACUCAUGCAACGGCAAUGGUGUAUGCCAUGAGCUCUUCACAGGCUUUCCAGGAGGCAAUAGUAAAGAUAACGCUAUUUUAUACAAGUGAUUUUGCAAAAGAAGAUAUUUUGGGGAAAAUUGAGAAGACUGAGCCAAAGGAUAUUACGGGCCAAGAUGAUUACCCUGUAAAACCAAUCCAUCAGAUGGAUAUAUUUGAGGAAUUAAUGGAAUAUGUGAUGAUGGGAUUGAAGGAACAGGAAAAUGCUUGUGACCUGGCAAAGACCUAGAGCCAACACUCUAUUGUGAAUCAGCAUCAAGAGAGUAUAUGGAAGAAGAGGAAGAGAAUUUUACAUUGUUGUUCUUUUAUGGUCUUUGAGUAAUGUUCUUUUCUCUACUUGUACUUUACUUGUAUAAUAAAGUCCCAUUUCUUGAGAGAUUCCCAGAAUGAAUGAUAGCAGUAACUCUUGGAAUCAUGGUUGGACUUUACAUUAAAUUUUUCCAUCCCUCUAUGUUUGAUGAGGAAAUAAUACACUUCGAAGAGCAAACAUACUUGCUUGUGAUUCUUCCUCCAAUUAUGUUCCAAGUUGGAUUCUCGAUGAAUGCAGACACCCUUUACAAAAAUAUUUUUGUGAUUAAUGUCCUCGGAAUCAUCGGAACCUUGCUUUCCAGCGUGUUAUUCGGAUCUGUGUUGUACUACGCUCUUCAGUUUACAGCCUUGCGCUAUUCGUUUAUGGAGUGACUUCAACUCGGAUGCAUAAUCUCUGCUAUCGACCCAGUUGCUACAAUGUCGAUGUUCAAAACACAAAUGCUGAAUGACAAAAUUUACAUGUACAUUUUCGGAGAAAGCACUUUGAACAACGCAGUCGCCAUUGCGCUGUGAGUAGCUUUUGAAGGCAACAAACAGAUGUUCAGAGACGAGAUCGACCUUGACCUCUUCGACACAAUCAUCUUCUCAGCAGAAACAUUCGUGAUUUGUCUGUUUGGGUCCCUUCUGAUUGGAGCUGCGUGGGCGGUCUUUCUGUCAUUUGUCAUUGCGAACCUUGACUUAGACACGAUUCCAUGGAUCGAAAUCGGAUUCUUCUCGAUAUCUUGCUAUUUCCCCUACAUCUUCUGCGAAGCUAUCGGAUGUUCGGGAGUCCUGUCAAUCUUUGUGUGCGGCCUCUUCAUGAGAAACUAUGCUUUCAACUCCUUAAGCGUUCCAAGCCAGGUGACCAUCGAGUACAUGGUGGAUACAGUUGCAUUUUCGUUGGAAAACUUUGUGUUUGCCUUUUUCGGAGUGGCAAUGCCCAUCUACAUCGGCGACCUCAACUACGAGCACCUCUUUGCAGGCAUUGGAGCUCUGAUCUUUGCGAGAGUCACCACAAUUACUGUGCUGUGCUGGCUCAUGAAUUUAUUUAGGAAGAGAAGGAUUCCUUUCUCUCACCAAGUCGCUUUGGUUUAUUGAGGACUCAGAGGGGCAGUGGCUUUCUACCUUGUCUUAAACAUGACUUUUACAAAAGAAGCUUGGGAGUCAGAUAAGAAAGGCUUGAGGCAUCAGAAAGUUAAUAUCACUACUGUUAUGGCUAUAAUCAGUGUGACAGUUUUCUUUACUGGAAGCACUGCUAAGAUGGUUCUAGAUGGACUUGAUGCGUGAUUCCCUCAAGAUAAAAUUUAUUCUGAUCCUAAAGAAGUUAUUGAAGAUGCUAGUUCGAUUGAAGGAGAGGGAUCUCAAGAUUUUGGUUACAUAAACGAGUCUGAGAAAGAAGAAAAAUCUUUCUUCAAAUCAUUCCUUAUUAAGCAAUCAAAUUUAGAUACUUUUGAUCCUCUCGGAGAAAGAUUCCUCCCUUAUGAUGAAGAAAUUGAAAAGAGGCUUCCCUCAAUAUUCGAAAAUACAGAUGGGAGCAAACCUAAUCUUGGAAGAUCUACUUCAUUUAUUCCGAACAGACAUCGCGAUAGUAUUAUGCACGGGAGUACAAUACCUAAGAAAGUGAAGAAAGUUAACUUCAACCUGGACAAGCAAGAAGAAAACAAAAAGGAGAACUUUGUGUCUCCAGAUUCAAAAUACUCUCGCAGGAUGACUAUACAAAGCGGGAAGAUCAACGAUGGACUUGUCCAAAGGUACAGCAUCUUGUGAGCAGCUCAACUCUUCGAUGAAAACAUCGAUUUUUCAUCUUCAAGAAAGAAGUCCAUAAUAAAUGCAAAGAAAAUCAGAGACCGUAACGAAAGAUUAAGCAUGAUUGAUCAGAGAUCAAAGUCGAUUUCUCCAGGAAUCUUAAAGAAUUCGAAUAAAAAGUUAACAAAAGCUCAGAGAGAAUCAGGAGAAGACUUCAACAUGCCGAAUACAGGCAAAAUACCCUAACAACUAUGAGCUUCAGCCUAGAACACCUAUAGCAGGCUACAGAGGAUCGAAGCCAUUCGGAAACAUUAUCAACGAAGAAAAGGAGGAAGAUGAUGAAGAGCACAAAAGAGAUACAGGUAAUAGCCUUACAAUGCCAAAGGGUUUCGAUCAAAGAGCAGAUAGCAACAGUGAAAUUAGGAGAAAUGCCGACGACGACCUUGACCAAGACAGAUUGAGUAUAUAAUUUUGGAACUAUUCAGAUAAUG